CAUUGCGCUUCUUCUCCUCAGAUUGAAGCCCUCAUGCAGCCACCUAUUUCGGAUUAUUAUUUUAGUCACAAACAUCAUGUAAAAGAAAAUGAGACAAAGAGAAAAUAAACUGGAUCUUCAUUUCAAUCAAUUGUCAACAUUUGAAGAUCUGGAUGUUGAUGAAAAUAUGUCUUUCACCAAUAUAGCAUACGGCUGGAUCCAAUAAGAAUUUUAACUCGUCAGAAACGUGUGCGACGGGGGGACCAGAGAGGAGGACUCGGAACUUCAUACGGAGUCUUUUUUUUAAAAAUGGGGCUGUUACGGUUGUUGUACAAGGUGAUGGUAAUCUCUCUUGUUCUUAUGUUCAGUUUGGCGUUGAUCUCUGAGUUUGUGGGAGCUCAGAAUGACACGGAGCCUGUAGUCCUGGAGGGCAAAUGUCUUGUGGUUUGCGACUCUAAUCCGACUACGGAUUGGAAGGGCUCGUCCUCUCCUCUUGGUAUUUCGGUACGUGCUGCAAACUCCAAAGUCGCUUUUUCUGCGGUCCGGAGCAACAAUCACGAACCGUCGGAGAUGAGCAAUAAAACAAGAAUCAUAUACUUCGACCAGGUUCUUGUGAAUAUAGGCAACUAUUUCACAUUGGAGUCAGUGUUUUUGUCACCCAGAAAAGGGAUCUACAGUUUUAAUUUUCACGUUAUAAAAGUGUACCAGAGCCAGACUAUACAGGUGAACUUAAUGUUGAAUGGGAAACCUGUCAUCUCAGCUUUUGCGGGUGACAAAGACGUAACUCGAGAGGCAGCCACCAAUGGAGUUCUGCUCUUUUUGGAUAAAGAGGACAAGGUCUACCUUAAACUGGAGAAGGGGAAUCUAGUUGGCGGAUGGCAAUACUCUACGUUCUCUGGUUUCCUUGUUUUCUCUCUGUAAAAAGAUAGAAAACCUCACCAUUCAAAUGACUUUAUCAACAAUGUGUUGUUACUCUAUAAUUAAAACAUUUCUACAUCAGUUGGAUCUAGCUAAAGGAUGGAUGAUAUUAUGUUCCGUGGUCAAGGAUUGCUACAGAGAGAAGAAAAGCGACAUUGGAAAGAGUUGAUGUUUGAUAGGAAUGGGAAUCCCUCUACAAAUGCAAUACUGCUCCAGAAAAUGCCAUAGUACAGCUCAUUGCUAUGCUCAUGUUACUUGACAACUUCAACAGACGAUCAACACUUCACAACAAUUCUUCCCUCACAAACUUAACAGUUUAGCAUCUUUUAAAAAGUUUACAUGACAGGCCUUUCUAAGUCACCAUGUCUCUUUUUAGGAUGUCUUUCCUAUAGGGGACAUGGAUUUGAUUUCUUGGCAAGUGUGGCAUGUGUGAUAUUACAAUGCCGAAUUCAGAGCAAAGUCUAUCUUCCAACUAUAAAAUGACCCCCUUCUUGCGUGUACAGUCACACACGCUCUCUGUAGAAGUGAUAACUAGUGUCACACUUGUCUUCAUUUGGAGGGUGUCAUUCUAACACCAGGAUUAACUUGUGAUAUGAGUCUGACAAUGCAGGUGUUGAAUUAAUAAUUGAAUGCACCUUUAAAUAAGACCAGGUAGAUUUUAAUCAGAUAAAUUGAACAGUCAAGGAUAAAACGCUCUGGGAAUGUAGACAUAACCAGAAAGUUAGAAAAUGUUUGAGUACACCAGACAAAUCCUGUCUCGUCUGAUGAAACAAAACGUUUGUGAUUGCAUAGGACUGCAUCAGAGAAGCAGGUCAUUGCAAAGAUCCACAGCACAGGUUUAUUUUGUCUGGCCAUUCUCAUAACAAGAAGAGAUCUGGCUAUUAAACAACUUUAUGUCUAAACAGAUGUUGUAGAUGCAAUAUUGUCAUUGAACUGAAAAGUAGUGGAGGCAUGCUCAAGAUUUGGACACUGCAGUAGGUCUGGCCUUUUGACGUCACCAUUGACCUCCCUGUCAAGUGUUGGUUAGCCUCAGUGGAGGCAUAUGUGAUACUUUGUUGAAGAGAUCACAAUUGUAUACUAUAUGUUAACAUUUGAUUUUAUGCACAAUCAUUUCUUUAUUAAUUUAAUAUUUACGCAUUGAUUUAUUCAUAAUAGUUUGUUUGAUUUAAAUGCUUAUUUGAAUUAACCGAUUUGGCAUUUACAGCCAAUGAUUUCAAUUUGCUAUGUCGUCAAUGGCUGCCACAUGGCCUGUAGCAUCUGCAACCCAUGUGAAAUUCCUUCUUUCCAUUUGUUUACAGUGCAUUUUUGCAAUAUUCAUUUUUUUUUUUUUUUACAAUAUCUUAAAUAAUUGGGAGAUUUGAAAGAUAAUUAUUCGAUCCAAUCUAUCAACAGAUGAAAUGUAAAGAAAAGGUGUGUGAAAUGUGAAUAAUGUAGAUAGUUCCAUAAGACUAGACAUUUUCCACACAAACUUAAUCUCACCCACCUUCUCUAACUUCCUGAGAUACACGUGGGGAAAGUGUCCUGUUGGCCAUCUUGCAUUGAUAGAGUAGCUGUUGUGUUCACUCUUCAACUUAUGUAAUUGUAUGGUCAACAAAAACCUUUCCUGAGUAAAUAUAAUGGCACUACACUAUUUAUUGAUUUAUAUUAUCUAAACUCGGAAUGGUUUGAUUUUCUCAUAACAUAUUCCUGAGUUGACAAUUGCUUUCUGUGCAUAUACUGUAACUAUCAUGGUUGUGAGAAUAUAUGUUUUGUCUGUGAAUGUUAUGCCUAUGUGGAUCUCAAAAGUGUGUCAUUAGAAAAAUGAAUGGUUUGCAUAUUUCAGAAUUCCUCGGCUGGCAACUCAAGUCACUUUAAUGUUGGUGCGUAUACUGUAGGCCUACUGUGCGAUCGUUUUAGGCACAGCUCUCAAAUUAACAUGCUUUACUACUGGAUUCCUUUCUUUCAAGACAUGAAUGAUGUCUCCAACUCCCACCAAGAAACCACACCUUGGAGGGUAGCUAUACAGUAAAAGUGUAUUACAUUAACCAGAUAUGCGACAUCUCAUUUGUGAAAUAAAAAUGUUAUAAUGGACUGAAUACUUUAACUUGGCCUCAUUAUGGACGCUGGAGAAGAAUACAACUCAGUAUUGUAUUUCAAAUGAAUGAAUGCACAGAAUGAUAUAUAUAUAUAUCAUUCUAAAUAUAUAUAUAUAUAUAUGUUUAUAUAUAUGUUUACAAUUGUCUGUUGUGGGUUCUAUAAUGUGAUAAGUAUUGAGUGACUCAAAUGAAGUAUGACUGAUUUUAAUUGAAAGUAUUCUUGAUUUGCAAUAUAUGAUCUAUCCCUUACAAUUGAGAAUCUAACUCCCCUUCACUUGAUUGAGAGACAAUUUACCCCAACAAUUUAUACUUAUGUCAACGGAUGGGCACGAAACCUAAACUAGCAAAAGAAAUGAUAUUCUGUAAUAGCAGCCUGGUUAUUAGGCAUGCAUCAAUCCAAUAUGAUGCUUUUUUUCAACAAAGAUCUUCCAUUUCCCGAUGGUAGAUGCACUGUGGUUGUAUGAACAACCCCGAAUAGGUUUUGUUCAUGGAUACAAGAAGAAUUCAACAUACCACAUGAAGCUAUGUAAUCAAUGUAACAAACCAUUGGUACAGAUAUUGUGUUCAAAAACAUGGAUGGAUUAUUGUUGAGAUUUCCAAGAGCCUUAUCAUGCAGGCAUAUUGUAUUACUUUCAAAUUAAAUCUGUGUUGAAUUGUG